AUGAAUCUCAAGUCCGAACCACCGCAGGAAGCUGCCUCGUUGUCCGCCUCUCUCCAUGAUGUUUUGAUAGACCUCCACCGGCAUCCAUAUCCUCAUGUACCCAAUCCGCCGUCGUGCAAGAAACGUGCCUCAGUCGCUUUAGUCCUGCGAGUCCGACCUACCUAUGGCCACUGGCCCCCCUUGAACAGCGCCCGGCCUUUACACGACCCAAGCAUACCAGUAAACGAGCGAUUAAACGCAUUCUUCUCCGAAACCUGGGUCCAGAAUGGGGACCCGGAAGUCCUUUUUAUCAAGCGCGCGUCUCGCAAGGGUGAUCGCUGGACUGGGCACGUUGCUCUCCCGGGAGGCAAGCGUGAUGCAGAAGAUGUCGACGACAAACAGGUUGCGAUUCGAGAGACCUCGGAGGAAGUAGGGCUUGAUUUGACAACGGACGAUUAUAUUCAUAUUGGGAACUUGCCAGAACGGGUUGUCACUACGGGCUGGACCUCGAAGCCAAUAAUGGUCCUAUGUCCGUAUAUCUUCCUGACGACCCGCAGCGACUCUCCGGCUCUCCGACUGCAGCCAACUGAAGUAGCUUCGACUCAUUGGGUGCCUAUCAGGGCGCUUCUGUCGCCGUCGCUACGGACUGUAGAAAACGUUGACAUCUCUCAGCGGUAUUCAAACAUGGGCUUGCUCAUACCUCGACUUUUCUACCGCUGCUUGCUAGGUACGAUGGAGUUCUCUGCCAUCCGACUACGACCGACGGAAAGCUUACAAUCUAAUCCCACCCCCGGGCCCAUCCCUGACGAUACCCACGCACCCCCUCUUUCUCUAUCACAGCGCUGGAAGACGUGGCUUUUCAGAGGCCAGACCGGUCCUUGCAAGCAAGAACCGCCCCUUCUCCUCUGGGGCCUCACUCUUGGUAUCUUGGCUGACUUUCUGGAUAUGCUACCACCUCACACCGCCGUACAAUUAUGGAAAUAUCCCACCUUCACCGUGCCGGAUUUGCGGUUGAUUGUGAAUAUCGUUACAUACCACCUGAAAAAGCGUAAUCAGAUGCAAAUGCAGGCGGGAGGGCGACCCAGCAUCACCGCGGUGGACAGUCAGGCUGCGGCUCUGCCAGUAUCAGAGACCACCGACGGUCACAAUGAAGUAGGCAUCGGGGGCCUCGGGGUCAGCAGGUACUGUGAACCGUCCCACAAGGACCCCGAUGGAAGUAAACACGCCGUGGGCAUUAUGCUCAACGGGUACUAUGCACGACUGCGGCUUGCCAUGCAGGUUUUCCUGGCCUGGCGGGUUGCCAUGGGGUCCGUGGCGGCGAUAUAUGCAUGGCGACUCCUUCGACGACGUCGGUAA